AUGUCUUCAAGUUUCGAUCAGACAGCCCUGGCCCAUCUCAUCGCCUUGCGAAUGAAAGUGGCAAGUGGAGCGCUCAAGACGGUAGUAUUUGAGGAGCUAUUCUACCUCUUUUCUCCAAGCGACCUAAUACUGUCUGCUUCCAUCAGCGAAAAGCAGCUUUCCCAGGUUUGCUCGGUGUCUGGUGGCCGUAUGAGACUCGUGAUGAAGACUGCCCAGCACCACUAUAUGCCUCAUCCCUCGAAGAAGAAGGAAGACAAUGCUAAUGCCGGAUUUGGGACUUGGACGGCCCUCAGCAUCCACGUCAAGUAUUUCACAGGCGAGAAGCCUAUAACGCAUCUUGACGCUUAUCCAGUCCGCUUUCAUCACAACUCGGCGAAGAUAUGCCAGAGCGACAGGCGUUUUGGCCUCGAAGCGUUCUACUUGUGGAUCAGCGUCGACGGCAUCGAAGAGAUCGACGAAACGGAGCAGGCCCGGCAAAUUGGCUGGAACGACUUGGUCACCCCGGAAGAGUACAGACGACUGCUAGUGUCUCUGGUUGAUAACCACACGUCUGGUGUGAAACAAAACAAAAGGCAGAAGGUGGAUCCCAAGAGCAACCUAAGAGUGCAGAUAGACCUAGUCAGGGGCAAAGGUCGUGCACUGAUUAUACUUCUCGAUGGGCCCCCGGACUUAAGCAAGACAAGCACUGCGGAGACAAUUACUCUCUAA